AUGAUUGGAAAUCUAUUUAACAAUGACACCUAACUUGAUCAAGAAAAUUUACUUAACAAUAUAGAUUAAAUCACCAAUUUAACUUACAUUUUAAAUAUUAAGAAAUUUUUUGACUCAAAAUAUAUUAAGAAAGAUGAUCAUAUAGUUUCUAUUCUAAAAAAGGCUGAAAAAAAAUAAGAUGACAAUUUUCUUUUAAUAUAGGCUUGCAAAAACUCUCACUUUUAAAAUAAUCAAGAAAGCAUAGAUAUUUAUCUUUUUGAUUAUUAUACUGCUUUUUGCAACGUAAAGAUAGGAAUGUAAAUUAGAGUAAGUGGUGAAUUUAUAAAUUCAAAUACAAUAAUUUUCACAAAAACAAUGAAUAAUAAGAAUGUAUUUAUUUUAGAACCUGAAAUUUUAGUUGCACCUUCUACAUUAUCUGGAUUAGAAUAUUGUGAAAGGAAAUAAUUUAUCAAAAAAUUCUUUAAGUAUCAAUGUUUUGGAACAAGAAUUGAAUUCCUUGGAGGUAAUGUAAUUCAUGAGUUUUUUUAAAAUAUAAUAGAGAACCCUCAAAAUUUUUCUUAGUUAUUCUAAUAAAUUGAAUAACUUGAUGAACUUUAAAAAAAUCUUGAUUUAUUAGUUUUGGAGAAUAUGCCUAAAUCAUUUUUAGAACCAAUUUAUAAGUUGUAUUCAAAGUUUUUUAAAGAAUUCUAUUAUUUAGAAAAAAAAACAAUAAGAGAAAUGAUAGUUUAUAUCCUUCCAGGAUGUGUUAAUAGCCUUAAAUGGAUUAAUGAACAUAUAAUUAAAUAACUUCCAAUUUAUGAUUAAUAUGAGCAUGAUGUAUACGAAAUAUAGAUUUUAAGAUGGAUUAGUAAUGAAUAAUUAAUUUAAUCUUCUAUUUAUGGAUUAAAAGGAUACAUUGACAUAGUAGUUUAAGUUAAAUAUCGUAAGAAUAAUGAGGAAUUUAAAAUUUGCAAUGCUCCUAUAGAAUUGAAAACUGGUAGCAUAAUGAAAUAAAAAAAUAAUUUAUAACAAGUGACAACCUAUUUAAUGUUAAUGAAUAAUUAAUAUAGCUAAGAAAGUAAGAUUGGAUUAUUAUUAUUGUUAAGUAAGUUGAAGAAUUAAGUUAUAAUUGAGAAUUAAUCAGAAAUAUCCAAGAUAAUGUUCAAUAGGAAUAGGUACAUAUAAAAAAUCUUUGGUUUAGAAAAAUAUAAAAAUUUUUAUAAUUAACUUCCUAACUUGAAAGACGAAAUUAAAUGUAGGAGAGAUGUAAAUUAAAAAUGUAUAAAAUGCGAUGUUAAAUCGGUUUGUUAUGGACUACAUAUUCUUACGGAAUAAUCUGAAUUAACAUUUUUUAAUCCUGAUUAUAAUGAGAUUAGUGCGUAGUUAAAACCUAAAUCAAGAGAAUAUUUAAAUAUGAUGCUGAAGAAUCUAAGACAUGAAGAGUAAAUUACAUAUAUACCUUAAGCAACAUAUAAGAUUUUAGAAACAUAAAAUUUAUAAACUGGAACACAGGUAAUAUUGCAAUCAAAAAAAAGUUAUUUAAAAUAAUUUGCAAAUGAAAUGUUACAACAAUGCUUUAUAGAUAAAGAGGUAAUAGAUCUAUUUUGUAUAAGAACUUAAUAAAAUUAAAAAUACAUACUUUAAAAUAUUUAGUUAAUUUAGAGUACCUAAAUAAUUAAUUUAAUUGAAGAUUAAAUUAAUUCAAAUAAUGAAGCGUAAGAUGAAUAAAAUUUUGAUUAUUUAAUUAGACUACAAAUUUUUAUUGAAUAAGAGCCGCUAAAUGGAUCAGCAUCAACUUUAUAAAUUAAUGAUGAAUUAAUUCAUAAGUUAUUUAAAAAGAAUCUUUUUAAACACUACAAAUUUAUUAUAUUUGAAUUAGUCACAAAUAAGGAUUUUUAUAAUAGAAAAAAAGAAAUACUUAUAUUUGGAAUGGAACCAAAAUUUAAGUUAAUCACUGAAAUGGAUGAUAAUUAAAAGUGUGCUUUUACAAUUCUACAAUAAAAAUUUUAAAAUUAUUUGAAUGAAUAUUAAUUUAAAGCUAUUUAAUUAUGUUUAUUAUCAUAGGAUUUUGCUUUAAUUUAAGGAGGUUAUGGAAAGCGAAAAAUGUUAAGUCAUUUGUUAUUUUUAUUAGGAUAUAUGAAUAAAAAAGUGCUAUUUUUUGCUGCUGAUAACGAAAUUUUAGAUCAAUAAAUAGAUAAUUUUAUUGAAAUUUUCCCAAACGAAUGUGAUUGGAUUUUAAGAUUAUCAAAUGAAAAAGAUAAGAUUUAAGAAAGUUAUUAACAAUUUACAAUUGAUUUUACAAAAUAUAAAGAUAUAUAAGAAAUAGAAAAAAAAUUAGAAAAUAAACAUUUUUAUUUUUCGACUUGUUAAAAUUGUACUGACAUUUUAUAAUCAGAACUAUUUGAUUAUUGUGUAGUAGAUUAAUCAACUAAAAUUAUAGAACCAUUAUGUAUUUCUUGUAUUCUCAAAAGCAGAAUAUUUAUAUUAUUAGAUGAUUAAAAAAUAUAAUAGCCAGAAAUCAAAUCAUAAAAGGCUAAAUAGUUAAAAAUUAGUCUAUUUUAAAGAUUAUCAGAAUAAUUUAAGAAUAGUAAUUGCUUAUAGGAGUUAUAAUUAUAAGUAGAAGACAUAGAAGAUUUAAUUUGA